CCUAAACCAGUCAGUGAGGAUCGCUGUUUGUGAAGAGUCGGAAGUGUUUUUUUAAGCAGAAAGAUGCUUCAUACACUUACGAUUGUUACGCUUUUAGUCGCUUACGCUUGCAUUGGAACGCUUGGUAGGCUAUCCCUUCCUGCCAAACCUAGUUUCGGUGGCACUGAAGCGAAGGAAGGUGCUGCGCCCUAUCUGGUUUCGUUACAAAUUGUAGGCCAACAUUUAUGCAGUGGAACGAUCAUAGGCGAUCGAUGGAUACUGACGGCCCGGCAUUGCGUAGUAAGAGUAAUGCCAUGCUGCCUCAGUGUCAUCGUUGGGACGAAUGAUAGUGAGAAGGGUGACAUCAGGCACGAUGUUGAUCGUAUCCUUCCGUACGGCAGCUUGAACGCAUCCUUCACCAAAGACAACAUCGCACUGUUACGGCUAGCAUCGCCACUGAAAUUUGGCAAACGGGUACGGAAAAUUAAGUACUCGGCGGCAUUCAUUCCCGACAAUGCUACCCUCACGGUUACCGGCUGGGAAAAGGGCGGUCAAGACUCAGCAAAUAAUAACAUUCUAACGCUCGAUGUACACCACGUCGCAGUGGAUCGCUGCAGGGCCGCUUAUGCUAAAGAAAUUGCGAGCAACUUGACAUCGAUCAGUGAAGCAAAUCUGUGCAUCACUGCAUCGAGAACGGAUCAAGGACUGUGCCAUGAUGUUUCUGGCGGUCCGGUCAUAUGGAAGGGAAAGCAGGUUGCUGUCGUUAGCCAGAUCAUGGAAAAUCAAACAUGCACCCUUGGAUUGACUGACAUUCAAACGCGCGUUUCGUUCUACGAUGAUUGGAUACAGAGGACGAUUGCUGACAACAGUGAUUGAUUGAUAACUGAGGGGGCUCUUGGCAAAUCUUUGAGGAAAAAAUAAAAUAAUAAAAAAAAUACUAAAUAACAUUGCUAUA